AUGAGAUUAGAGUGGGCACAUGUUUUUUCCAUGCUUUUGGAGAAUACAUUCACAACCAUUUUGGAUAUGGCUGGAGUUUUACUGCCUUUCUUGAAGUGGUUUAUUAGCAGAAGCACCGGGAAUGGUUUUAAGAUUCUGAAUUGUGUCAAACAAUCUACUCUUUUCAUCUCUGGAUUGCAAUAUGAGAUGGUUCCUCCAAUCCAUAUGAAAAUGUUGUACGCCAAAGCAGUUGCGCAUAAUAGACAUUGCUAUUUUGUGGAAUUCCCUACUAGCAUGCAUAUGGAUACAUGGCUUACUGGUGGAGAUUGCUAUUGGAGAACAGUUAAUGAAUUUAUGGAACAACAUGUAUCUGGAAAUAUACACGACGAUUCUAACUCCAGUAGCAAUGUAGAAAUGGUCUUUGGCCUAGCAUACAUGUUUGAUUCUGCCACUCCUCGCCCUCCUGAGACGCGGAAGUUAGAAGGGUUCAAUUGUAUACAAAUGUAA